CUUAUUGGUUCUAAAUCAGCAGAAGAAUCCUUGCAGGAUGAAACUGGUUAAUUUAGUGAACAUUAAACGAGUGUUUCGCAGGCUCAGGUUUAAUCUGAGGAGACAUAAGCAUGUCAGUAUCACAGAGAACAUGUCAGGAAACAGUCUGGUAUUACCCAUAGUUCUGUGGGGCCGCAAUGCGCCCACUCACUGCAUCUCCAGCCUGCUGGUGAUGGACGAUCUGGCCACCAUCAUCACCGGCUGCCAUGAUGGACAGAUCUGCAUCUGGGACAUGACCCCAGAGCUGGAGGUCAAUCCUCGCGCUCUGCUGUUCGGACACACGGCUUCUGUCACCUGUCUGUCCAAGGCCAGCGCAGGAAGUGACAAACAAUACCUCGUCAGCGCCUCCGAAAGCGGGGAAAUGUGUUUAUGGGACGUCAAUGAUGGACGCUGUAUUGAGUUCACCAAACUGGCCUGUGCACACACCGGAAUACAGUUUUAUCAGUUCACCAUCGGCACACAGAGGGAGGGCCGUCUUCUGUGUCAUGGGCAUUACCCAGAAAUCCUUGUAGUGGAUGCUACCAGUCUGGAGGUCCUUUACUCACUCGUGUCCAAGAUUUCGCCUGACUGGAUCAGUUCCAUGAGCAUCAUUCGCUCGCAUCGCACGCAAGAGGACACAGUGGUGGCUGUGUCUGUCACUGGGAUUCUUAAGGUGUGGAUCAUCACCGCUGACGUCAGCAGGAUGCAGGAUCUGGACCCUGUUUUUGAGGAAGAGUCGAAGCCCAUCUACUGUCAGGGCUGCCAGAGCAUCUCGUUCUGCACGUUCACACAGCUCUCGCUGCUGGUGGUGUGUUCAAAGUACUGGAGGGUGUUUGAUGCAGGUGAUUUCUCCCUGCUGUGUUCGGUCCUGAGCGAGAACAAUCAGUCGUGGGUCGGAGGAGAAUUCAUCGCUGCUGAUAAAGUCAUAAUCUGGACCGAAGAUGGUUGCAGCUACAUUUACAAACUACCGGCCAGCUGUCUCCCAGCGAGCGAACACUUCCGCAGCAAUAUGGGGAAGAAGACGGAGGGUUCGAUCCCUCCUCUGGUGUACAGCAUAGCGGACCGCGCCGACAAACAGCUCCUGAUUUGUCCUCCCGUGACGCGCUUCUUCUUCGGACGGAGAGAGCCGUUCCACAAACUGCUGAUCCAGGGCGACUCUGCGGGGCGACUGACCGUGUGGAGCAUCCCAGAGACGUCACCCUUACAGCCGCUGUCCUCCGCCACAGAGCUGCAGGAGUCGGUCAGCAUCAGUCUUCAGGAGGCCUUUGAUAAGUUAAUGCCGUCUCCAGCCGGCAUCAUUGACCAGUUGAGCGUCCUGUCCGUCUCUAACGAGCCCGUUAAGGUGACGGCGAGCGUCUACAUCCCGUCUCAGGGCCGACUGGUGUGCGGACGAGAAGACGGCAGCAUCGUACUCGUUCCUGCUACACAGACGGCCAUCGUUCAGCUGCUGCAGGGAGAACACAUGCUGCGCAGGGGCUGGCCUCCUCAGCGCUACGAUCAGCGCUCGCUGGUCUCCGGCGGCGUCGAUUUCUCCGUCAUCAUCUGGGACAUCUUCACCGGCGAGAUGAAGCACAUCUUCUGCGUUCACGGAGGAGAAAUCACACAGCUGAUCGUGCCUCCAGAAAACUGCAGCACGCGCGUGCAGCACUGCGUGUGUUCGGUGGCCAGCGAUCACUCCGUCGGUCUGCUGAGUCUGAGGGAGAGGAAGUGCAUCAUGCUGGCCUCCAGACAUCUCUUCCCCAUCCAGGUCAUCAAGUGGAGGCCGUGUGACGAUUAUCUGGUGGUGGGCUGCUCCGACGGGUCCGUCUACGUCUGGCAGAUGGACACAGGAGCGCUGGACCGCUGUGUGAUGGGAAUAACGGCGGUCGAGAUUCUGAACGCGUGUGACGAGGUUGUUCCCACCGCUCUGGACUCCCUCAAUCACCCCGCGGUGAACCUGAAGCAGGCCAUGACCCGCCGCAGUCUGGCUGCGCUCAAGAACAUGGCCCAACACAAGCUACAGACGCUCGCCACCAACCUGCUCGCGGCCGACAACGCCGACAAGGGAAACCUUCCCAAAUACUCGCACAACUCUCUGGUGGUGCAGGCCAUGAAGACCAACGUGACAGAUCCGGACAUGCAUGUGCUGUUCUUCGACGUGGAGGCCGUGAUCAUCCAGUUACUGACGGAGGAGGCGCAGCGGCCCAAUCCCACCCUCAUCUCGCCAGAGACGCUGCAGAAAGCGCAGGGCGGAGCCGACAAGGGCGGGUCCUUCCUAGCCAAUAAGAUCUUCAAACAGGUGAAGGAGACCAUUAAAGAAAACAUCAAGGAGCACCUGCUGGAUGAAGACGAGGAGGAGGAGGAGGAGCAGCGGCGGCGUGAGGAGAAGUCCAAGUCUCUGAGUCUGCUGGAGUACAAUCUGACCAUGGACACGGCCAAGCUCUUCAUGUCCUGCCUGCACGCCUGGGGUCUGAACGGAGAGCUGGACGAGGUGUGUCUGACCCGGCUGGGCAUGCUCCGCCCGCACACGCCCGUCUCCUUCGGCCUGAUCUCCCGCGGAGGACACAUGUCGCUCAUGCUGCCCACCUUCAAAGACUCGCUGCUCCGGCAGCUGGCCGAAGGAUGCGCCGAGGGCCGCAAGCUCUCCGUCUCCGAGAUCGUGGGCAAAGGCACGUAUGGCGUCUCCAGAGCCGUGACCACGCAGCACCUGCUCUCCGUCAUCUCGCUGGCCAACACGCUGAUGGGCAUGACCAACGCCACCUUCAUCGGGGAGCACAUGAAGAAAGCGCCAGCCAGGCCCCCAAGACCAGGAACCCCUGAGACCCUGAGAAAAAGCACCCCGCAGGCCUCCAGCCCAGCCCUGCAAGCUCAGAUCAAACAAGCUGCGAUCGCUGCUCCGUCUUCUGGUUCAGGAGUGUCUCACUCUCCCUCAGUCAAUGAAGGUUGGAGUCAGCUGGCUGCCAUGCAUUGUGUCAUGCUUCCAGAUCUUCUGGGUUUGGAUAAGUUCAGGCCUCCUCUGCUGGAGAUGUUGGCUCGCAGAUGGCAGGACCGCUGCCUGGAGGUUCGAGAGGCGGCCCAGGCGCUGCUGUUGGCUGAACUGCGGCGGAUCGGUCAGUCGGGCCGGAAGGACACUAUUGACAUGUGGGCGCCGUAUCUGCCGCAGUAUGUGGACGCGGUCAGCUCUCCGGGAACCGCCCCCGAGACCACCCAGCCGGCCCCGCCCCCUGCAGAAGCCCCGCCCACCGAGACCAAAGCUCCAGAGGAAGAGAUGGACCUGACGGAUGAUGACAUCACUGCAGGCUGUCUGUCGAACCUGCCACCGAACGCGAAGAUCUGUAACUCAUAUGAGGAGCGGAGGAAGCAGGCGACGGCCAUCGUUCUGCUGGGAGUGAUCGGAGCCGAGUUUGGUGCAGAGAUCGAACCUCCCAAACUACCUUCCCGCGCUCGCACCAGCACUCAGGCUCCCGACGGAUUUGGUCUGACCACCGGAGGAUCCAACUACUCACUGGCCCGACACACCUGUAAAGCCCUGACGUUCCUCCUCCUCCAGCCGCCCAGUCCCAAGCUGCCGGCCCACAGCACCAUCCGGCGCACAGCCAUCGAUCUGAUCGGCCGAGGCUUCACGGUGUGGGAGCCAUAUAUGGACGUGUCGGCAGUUCUCAUGGGUCUGCUGGAGCUCUGCGCCGAUGCCGAGAAGCAGCUGUCCAACAUCUCAAUGGGUCUUCCUCUGAGCCCCGGCGCUGAUUCGGCCCGAUCGGCCCGGCAUGCCCUCUCCCUGAUUGCCACCGCUAGACCUCCUGCCUUCAUCACCACCAUCGCUCGAGAGGUUCACAGACACACAGCGAUGCAGUCCCAGGGCUCUCAGUCUCAGCAGAACGUUCACACCACGACUCUCGCUCGUGCCAAAACUGAAAUCCUGCGCGUCAUGGAGAUUCUCAUCGAGAAAAUGCCGUCUGAUGUGGUGGACCUGCUGGUGGAGGUGAUGGACAUCAUCAUGUACUGCAUUGAAGGCUCUCUGGUGAAGAAGAAAGGCCUGUCUGAGUGUUUCCCAGCCAUCUGCAGGUUUUAUAUGGUGGCGUACUGUGAUCGCAGCUAUCGUAUCGCUGUCGGUGCCCGUCAGGGUUCAGUGGCCCUUUAUGACGUUCGCACUGGAAAAUGCCAGCAUAUUCACGGACAUAAAGGACCCAUAACGGCGGUGUCCUUCGCACCGGACGGGCGUUAUCUGGCCACCUACUCCAACGCUGACAGCCACAUCUCCUUCUGGCAGAUGAACACGUCUCUGUUAGGCAGCAUCGGGAUGUUGAACUCGGCUCCUCAGCUGCGCUGCAUCAAAACCUAUCAGGUUCCUCCGGUCCAGCCGGCGUCGCCCGGAUCCCAGAACGCCCUCAAACUGGCCCGCCUCAUCUGGACCUCCAACCGCAACGUCAUCCUCAUGGCCCAUGACGGCAAGGAGCACCGCUUCAUGGUCUGAGGGGUCGGGGGUCAGGGGUCGCGUGACCUUUGACCUUCCCAGCUGAGCUGUCAACUGGUUUACACUCUUCCUUUCAUUCCUCUGUUUAUUUAAAGCGUUUGAAGUUUUGUUCUCUUUUGACUAUUUAUGAAGAUGAUAAAGGACUGCAGGGCACUAAAACGUGUUUUUGUGCUUGAAGGUCAAGCGAGGUUUUGCUCAGGCGAAGCAAAUAUGAGUUUUAUUUUAGUUUUCUCUCCGGUUGAUUCGCUGAAGCUGUUUUAUCAUUCCAGCUAUAUAAACACACAUUUGACUCGUUUGGUCUAAAUCAGAGAAAGAUCCCUCGCUGACUUUAUUUAGAAUCGCAGAAUCCUCGUUCGUACUGAAUGACUGGAAUCGUAUCGUGAUAUCGUGUAUCAUAGGAAUGGUUUUUGUUUGCGCUCGUGCUGUAGUCGUGAACUCUUCGGUUUGCUAUUGUCUGUGUUUUUGUGAGUCGUUGGUUCGUGUGAAGUCACUGGCACUGAAAUACACGUUUAAAAGCAGUCGCGUUCGCUUUCCCACACGCCGUCUGCUGUAAUCCACUGAUAGAGGUGUAUUCUAGAGACACGGCUGUGACGUAAAAUACAUUGAAAUCUGCAUCUGCAACGUCACAGCAGAGCUUUGAGAAAUCACUGUUAGCUGAAUUUAUUCAGGAUUUCAUCCCACAAUUAACAGCAAAAAAGAAUGUUAUAUUUGCGUAAAGAGCUAUUUUAGGAUCAUUAAGGUUUUUUUGCAUUGUGCAGUUUUUUUCAUAACAAAUCUAUUUUUAGGAUCAAAUUCUGAUUACUGUAAUAUAAAAAAGUAAUUCUCAUACUGUAAUAAACAUUUAAAAUAAGUCAAAUUAAUUCUAGCAUUUAGCAUUCAAAUCAGCAAAUUGUAAUAUCAUUUAAGUGUUUUAAUUUUUUUCUUAUGAAAAUAACCAUAAUCACAAUACAAAAGCAUAAUAAUUAACUACAUUUUUGUGAAUAGGCAAUAAUUCAAUCGUAAUGGUCUUAAAUCUUAAAAUAGGCAAAAAUUUCAUUAUGCAAAUUAUAAUUUCUUAUUUUCAGUGCUGGCUUAAUAUAUUCUGUAUUUCAUCCCUAAA